AUGGCUGCUGAGAGAGCGUUGGGGCCACUGAUUGAAGUGGUCAAGGAGGCGGUGCUGGCAGCAGUGAGAGAGGAGUCGGCUGCACACAAGGAGGAGGUGAAUGAGCUGCGGCACAUGUUGGCAGGAGUGAAAGGGGAGUUGGCUGAGCUCAAGCAGUCAACUAAGUUGCAGCUGGAGGAAGCGGAGCAAAAGCGAGUGGCGGAGAUGAAAGGGAAGGUGGAGGAGAAGGAGAGGCAGCUGGCAGCAGUGAAGAGGGAGCUAGCUGAGCAUAUCAAUGCUGGCAUGAAGUUGGAUGUUGACCAGAAGAUUAGCCAGAGUGCAGGUGAUCAGAAGACUGCAUGGGAGGUGAGUAAGACUGCAUGGGAGGUGAGUAAGACUGCAUGGGAGGUGAGUAAGACUGCAUGGGAGGUGAGUAAGACUGCAUGGGAGGUGAGUAAGACUGCAUGGGAGGUGAGUAAGACUGCAUGGGAGGUGAGUAAGACUGCAUGGGAGGUGAGUAAGACUGCAUGGGAGGUGAGUAAGACUGCAUGGGAGGUGAGUAAGACUGCAUGGGAGGUGAGGUAUGCGUGCUUUGACUGA